AUGGAUACAAUAAAAAUGGACGUAAAAUACCGACAAAAAUCAGCCACAAAUGGCCAAAACUCAUGGCAUGAAUCCAAACCCGUGACAGACUGGCAAUGCGUUGACUACAACCGACUGCCCAAAUGGCUUCAGGACAACAAAUACCUGCACCGACAGCACCGGCCGGUCAUCCCCUCAUUCCGGGCCUGUUUUGCGUCCAUAUUUCGCAUACACUCCGAGAGCGGCAAUAUAUUAACCCACUUAAUAGGGUUCGUGUUGUUCGCAGUGAUAGCACCGGUACUACUGAUCCGCGACCGACACCUCCUGACGGGCGUCGACACACUAAUGCUGUGCAUAUACUUCGCGGGUGCGCUCGCCUGUCACCUACUGUCCACAGUAUACCACACGUGUAAAUGCCAUUCGCCGGGUGUGUGUCAGUUGUUUCACUCGUUGGACUUUUGCGGUAUAUCACUGCAGAUCAUAUGCUCAAUGAUACCGGCGUUUUACUACGGCUUUUACACCCGGUAUAUGCACCUGUUUUACGCGUACACCAGCGUCGGAUUCAUCAUGUUCACGGCGGCCCUGUGCAUCAGCGUGUGGCCCAAGUUUGCCACGCCCACCUAUAAGCCCCUGCGGGCCCUGGUGUUUCUCAUUUUUGGCCUCUCAAAUGUGAUACCCGGCGCCCAUUGGUUUUACGUGAUUGAGCCCGAGUUUGUGUACCCGUGGGCGCUGAUGUUAGCCCAGGGAAUGAUCUAUGUGGUCGGCGCGUUGAUAUACGCUGGCCGAGUGCCCGAGCGGUUAUACCCCGGCAAGUGUGACCUCUGGCCACAAUCGCAUCAGAUAUUUCACACGUUGGUUACGAUCGCAGCGGUUGUCCACUUUCGCAGCAUUUAUCGUAUGAUUUAUUUGAGACAUGACAACAAAUACCUGCACCGACAGCACCGGCCGGUCAUCCCCUCAUUCCGGGCCUGUUUUGCGUCCAUAUUUCGCAUACACUCCGAGAGCGGCAAUAUAUUAACCCACUUAAUAGGGUUCCUAUUGUUUGCAGUGAUAGCGCCGGUACUACUGAUCCGCGAUCGACACCUCCUGACGGGCGUCGACACACUAAUGCUGUGCAUAUACUUCGCGGGUGCGCUCGCCUGUCACCUACUGUCCACCGUAUACCACACGUGUAAAUGCCAUUCGCCGGGUGUGUGUCAGUUGUUUCACUCGUUGGACUUUUGCGGUAUAUCACUGCAGAUCAUAUGCUCAAUGAUACCCGCGUUUUACUACGGCUUUUACACCCGGUAUAUGCACUUGUUUUACGCGUAUACCAGCGUCGGAUUCAUCAUGUUCACGGCGGCCCUGUGCAUCAGCGUGUGGCCCAAGUUUGCCACGCCAACCUACAAGCCCCUCCGGGCCCUGGUGUUUCUCAUUUUUGGCCUGUCCAAUGUGAUACCCGGCGCCCAUUGGUUUUACGUAAUUGAGCCCGAGUUUGUGUACCCGUGGGCACUGAUGCUAGCCCAGGGAAUGAUCUAUGUGGUCGGCGCGUUGAUAUACGCUGGCCGAGUGCCCGAGAGGUUAUACCCCGGCAAGUGUGACCUCUGGCCACAAUCGCAUCAGAUAUUUCACACGUUGGUUACGAUCGCAGCCGUUGUCCACUUUCGCAGCAUUUAUCUACAACCCAAUAGUUGUCAACAGUUUCUGUACUUUUCCCAUAAGUUUUGA